UCAAUCAAGAGUGUCUGAAGAUGAGCUAUAGAAGAAUAAUACUCUUUUAACUACAAAAUUGAUGAACGCUGAAAAAGCACUUUUGCAAGCAAAGCAUGACAUUAUAAAAUUGAAAAUCGCAAAUGAAUUAUUAAAUGAGCGUUUGGAGACUUUCAAAUUGCUAAAUUAACGUUUACAGAUACAAUUAGUCACGUACCAGGAGGAGCUGAAGCUUUUUAGAACUAGAGAACAAGAGCAAAAUGACGGGAAAGUAGAAGUACAAACUUAUUAACUAUACUAUGCGAGUAAGAUUAUAUGGAGGAUUCACAAUACUUCGUAUUUCAAUAUGUGCAUUGGUUAUGCUUGGUAUCUUUUUGGUUAAGUGGAUUUCCGAUUCCUAUAACCUCAUCGGGUAUCCAGUGGCAUCGUACUAUUCUUUAUCUGAAAAUUAUACUAUUCCUUUCAGUUAUGUAAACAGAUCGACAAAACUUGAUAAGUCUACAUUGAUAAAUUUACAGAAUUUUAAGUUCAUAAUAAAUCAUGAUAGAUGUCAGUCAAUUACACCAAUUAUUCUCAUUUUAAUUCACUCAGCACCGCAGAACUUUGCUAAGAGAAAUUUUAUAAGAACCACAUGGGGAGGCAAGUUGAGAUAUACAUCAACUUUCUUUUUAGUUGGCUUUUCGAAAAAAUACAAUUAUUUAAUAAAUCAAGAAAAUUUAUACUAUAAAGAUUUAAUACAAGGAAAUUUUAUCGACUCAUAUCGUAACAUGACGUAUAAACACGCAAUGGCUUUUAAGUGGGUCAUAUAUCAUUGUCCAGGUGUAAAAUAUGUUUUAAAAUUAGAUGAUGAUGCAUACGUUAAUAUGAAUGCAUUAUUGAAGUACGCAAAGUAUGACAUUCCACCUUUUACACCAACUAAUUUUAUAUUUUGUGAUGUUAUUAAGGGUACAAAGGUAAAAAGAUCAUGGCGCUCUAAAUGGCGGGUUUCUCCGAUAGAAUAUGGUGUCAAUUACUAUCCACCUUAUUGUGCAGGUUGGGCUAUUAUAUAUUCAACAGAUAUAAUUGUAUCACUGUAUCAAACGCUUCAAAACGAGCCUUACUUUUGGAUAGAUGAUGUACAUAUUACUGGAACAUUGGUAAAAAAAAAUAAUUUUACAUUAACUUCAAUGGAUUCAACAAUACUUCGUAAAAAAUUGAUCGCUGACAUCUUGACAAGUAAUAUGACGUAUAAUAAUAUUCUCUUUUAUUUGCCGAAUCUUACAACACAUGAAAUUCAUUACAUUGUAGUAAAUGAUAUUGAUAUUUCAUUUAAUAAAAUAUUCAAUAUAUUUUCUCCUAAAUAAUUAAGUAUAAAACCAAAGUAUUGAACAAUCAUUUAGAAAUACAACAA